AUGCUAGUCACUUUUAACUCAAGAACUACAUCUAGCAAGUUGAAUCAGAAUAAUGAACGUGGUGACGACACGAUGACUUCGGAAGCGGAAUCCGCAAAUGAAAAGAUGACACCAAAAUCAGCUAAGCUGAGUGAUGAUGCAAGUGUGACAACUGAAAAGCAAGACAAAAAUACAAAAUUACAAGCACUACAACAUCAAAAUAGUUUCCAAGUUUCAUUGCCACGUAAGAACAAUACACUGAAUAGAAAUGGUGGAGGAGGUUCAUCUGAUUCCUCCGGAACCAACCACUCAUCAAAUUCACUUUUGAUCAACAGUCCAAGAGAUUUUCACAAGUUCAAGGAGAAUGGGAGAUCACGUCUGGGAUGUUUAACUUGCAAAAUACGAAAGAAAAAGUGCGAUGAAGUUAGACCAGUUUGUUCUGAUUGUAAACGAUUACACAAGAAAUGCCAUUAUGUUGAUCAAUCUACCAUGACUACGGAGGAGAUUCGCAAUUUAAAAAGAAAAGUGGAACUUGAAGAGAGUAACCAUAAACUAAGACGAAGGAAAAAGACCAAGUCAAAGGCGCCUGAUGAAGAUAAGGAGGUAGUGGAGAAUGAGAAUAACUUGAAACCGCAACUACCGCUGUCAAAGCAGACGCAAUUUGAAUCAGUAAAUGUCUUGAGCCUGACUGAACUGAAUUUGCUAAGGGGCGAGCCAGGUGCUAGCCGUACAGAGCAAAACUCUUCCACCAACGCCAAUGACCACUCCAUACAUUCUCCUACUAAUCACGACAUUCUUUCAUUUAGUCCAUCCGAUAGAAACAUAUCGGCCAACUUGUCAAAUUUGCGGAGUACAACUGGCAAUGAUACAGUCCCAAUUACCGACUCACAAGCUAACUUGGAGACCGAAUUCAACCUACAUCCAAUCACACCCAAUUCAAUCCUACCCCACCAAACUGAUCCAUUUGAAGAUGUCCUUGGAUCAUUUAAGUACCCGCAUCCUGCCGACAAUUCAACUAUUGAAUCUCCUUCGGCGUUUUUGAAUCUACUUCGAGAAAUGAACAACAACACUACUACAUCCACCGAUAAUAAAAUUGAAGAGCUCGACGACUCCAAAUUUGACGAGUUCAAACAUCUUGCAGCUACGUCCCCUGAUGUUGCCCCUGAUAUUUAUGCCAUGAUUGAAUCUUUCGAUCACGCGCGAAAUCAUGACCAUAUGGAUAAGUCAUUGGUCACUUCUAGUCCUUCGUUCCCGGACUUGGUAUCCACUUUGAGUGCUCAUUUUAAUCCAUCGCCCAACCCACAACCUAGUUUAUUAUCGGUUCCAGAACUUGCUGACCCAUCAAUAUCGUACCUUUACAAUUAUUACGUUGAAGUUAUCUCCAAAAAAGUGUCAGUGGCACCAACAUCUCAAAAUGAGUCCAAUUCUUAUCAAAAUAUCUUUUUGCCAUUGGCCCAAAAAGAUAAAGGAGUGUUGUAUAGUAUCUUAGCCUGGGCUGGAUUCCAGUUAGGCGGCAAAUGGGAAGUCGAAGCUACUAAUUAUGUCGCCAAAGCUAUGCAUCAUUUUCACAACAACAAAAUUAACAGUAAGACCAUGCAAUUGGCAUCUGAAGGCUUACAAGGUGACCGAAACUCGAUAAUUAAUAAAUUGGCAAUCUUGAUGAUUCUUGUUGGAGCACACAUUUGCAAAGGUGAUGUGAAAAAUUGGAGUGUUUACCUACAAUGGGGAUGGAAACUUCUUUCCACCAAUGGUGGUAUUUUGAGGUUCAACCAGUCCAAAGAGGAAAACUGGUUGAUUUCCAAUUUUGCGUAUCAUGAUGUAUUGGCUAGUUCAACGAGUGAACGAGGGACUUAUUUCACUUCACGUGAAUACAACAAAAUUUUUGAAGAUCAUGAUGUUUUUUUCCUUCACGGACAGUUGAACCCGUUAUUGGGAAUUUCGAAAAAGUUGUUCACUAUUAUUGGUGAGAUUUCAACUUUACUCUAUGAGGGAAGGAAGCUAUUACAUGAAUAUUAUUCACGUGGGGUUGAUAACCAUUUUGAACAAAGUAGGGGUUUUUUGAAUGAGUAUUUCCAUGACAUUGAUGGUGAUUCUAAGCCAAAUGGUGAAGUUGUGGUUGAUGAUGAAGAGGAUGAAGAAUAUUCUGAUGUAAGUGACCAUACUAAGGCUAAUCAAUUGUUAUCGAUUAUGAUCACAAAGGCUAAAGAUCUUGAACGACAAAUUGAUGAAUCAAAACCAGACAAACGAGAUAUUUGUAACUUGACUGAUUCUGAUCUCGAGUUACAAUUGACAUUAUUUGAAGCAUUUCAACUCAGUGCCAAGUUGUUUUUACGUGAAUCAAUUCUUCGAUGUAAUCCUUCACAUUUGGAAUCACAAAUGAUUAAUAACGAUUUGAUUAAAUGCUUGGAUAUUUUGAUUGGAACACCAGUACAAGCAUCCCUUGUAUUUCCAUUCUUCAUUUCAGGGAUCCAUUGUGUUUCCAAGCAUGAUCAAGAGGUGAUGUUGCAACGUGUUAAUUCAUUUAUUGACCAAUAUGGAAUGUUUAAUGCUAAUAGAGCUAGAGAAGUCAUGCAAAAGAUUUGGAAGGAAAACAGUAAUGGUGACAAAGUCACUAAUUGGCAUAGUAUGUUGAAUGAUUUGGGAUGGGAUUUAAAUUUCGCUUAG